AUGUCUUGCUGCAGACCCUGUCCCCCACGGCCCUGCGGCCCCUGUGGCCCAACGCCCCUUGCCAGCAGCUGCACUGAGCCCUGCAAUGCCCGCUGCGCUGACUCCACGGUGUACAUCGAGCCUUCGCCGGUGGUGGUGACCCUGCCGGGCCCCAUCCUCACCUCCUUCCCUCAGAGCACAGCCGUGGGAUCCUCUCUGUCAGCUGCUGUGGGCAGCUCCCUCAGCACCGCGGGGGUUCCCAUCUCUUCUGGGGGCUCCCUUGGCCUGGGGGGCUCAGGCCUGUGCCUGCCUUUCUCCCGCUGCGGUCAGAUCUGCUGA